AUGGCUGCUGUGAAGGAAGAUGUCUGCAAUCACGUGAAAGUGGUGGUCCGUGUCCGUCCAGAGUCUCAGAAGGAAAAAGAUGGCAACUUUAGCAAGGUUGUUCAUGUUGUUGACCAGCAUAUAUUGGUCUUUGAUCCAAAGGAGGAAGAAGUUGGCUUCUUUCACGGGAAGAGACUGGCCAAUAGGGAUAUUACUAAAAGAAAAAACAAAGAUCUUAAAUUUGUAUUUGAUGCUGUUUUUGCUGAAAGUUCAUCCCAGUUAGAAGUUUUUGAGCAUACUACCAAGAGUGUAAUUGAUGGCUUCUUAAACGGAUAUAACUGUACAGUGCUUGCGUAUGGUGCAACAGGAGCUGGAAAAACUCAUACAAUGCUAGGUACCCCUGAAGAUCCUGGAGUGAUGUAUUUAACCAUGAUGGGUCUUUAUAAUUGCAUGGAUGAAAUGAAAGAAGAUAAGAUAUGCAAUAUUGCUGUUUCUUAUUUAGAGGUCUACAAUGAACAGAUCCAUGAUCUGCUGGUCAACUCGGGACCUCUGGCUGUCCGUGAAGAUGCUCAGAAAGGGGUGGUAGUUCAAGGGCUAACUUUACAUCAGCCUAAAUCAGCAGAGGAAAUCCUUCAGAUGUUGGAUUAUGGAAAUAAAAACAGAACACAGCAUCCCACAGAUGUAAAUGCCUCCUCUUCACGGUCCCAUGCUGUCUUUCAGAUUUACCUAAGGCAGCAAGAUAAAACAGCCAGCAUCGAUCAAAGUGUUCGCGUUGCCAAAAUGUCUCUCAUUGACCUGGCAGGAUCUGAACGUGCCAGAGCAACAAAUGCCAAGGGGGCUCGUUUCAGAGAAGGAACUAAUAUUAACCGCUCCCUGCUAGCUCUUGGAAAUGUCAUUAAUGCCUUGGCAGAUCCAAAGAGCAAGAAGCAGCACAUUCCUUACCGCAACAGCAAGCUGACUCGGCUGCUGAAGGACUCCCUGGGAGGAAACUGCCGGACAAUAAUGAUAGCUGCUGUUAGCCCGUCUGCUCUCUUCUAUGAUGAUACAUACAAUACCCUCAAGUAUGCAAAUCGAGCAAAGGAUAUCAAGUCUUCUUUGAAGAGCAAUGUUGUUAGUUUGGACAGUCACAUAAGCCAGUAUGUUAGAAUUUGCAAUGAACAAAAGGAAGAGAUCCUAAUGUUGAAAGAGAAACUGAGAGAAUAUGAAACACAGCAAGCAAGCAUUCCUGAAAAUCAUAAUGCUGCAGUAUUCUCAAACAAACAGCAAGUGGAAAUUCAAAGAUACACAGAAAUCCUGAAAAAUGUGUUUGCAAACCGUGAGGAAAUCAGAAAAGAAUACAUCAAGUUGGAAAUGCAACUGAAAGCAAACACACUGAAGACACAUUACCAGAAACAAUGUCAUGAACAAAUACAACUGAUAUGCUCUGAAGAAAGAGUGGAAAAGGCCACUUGCAAGCGGGAUCAAAGGCUUGCAAUGCUAAGAACCCACCAUGUACACAUGCAGAAGAGGAAAGAAGAGGAGAUGGAACGUUUUGAGGAAAAUAACAGUUGGCUGCAUCGUGUUGAAAAUGAAAUGCGCCUCCUGAGUCAGGAUGGGUGUAUUCCAAAGGAACUUUGUAAAGAUCUGCAGUAUUGCCAUUUAAACCUAGAAGUUAAGGACCUGAAAGCCCAGAUUGAACACAUGUUAUCUCUGGUGUCUCUUCAAGACCAGCACUAUAAGCAGACAGAAAAAGUACUCAAUACUUUGCUCCCCAUUCUUCGCAAGCAGUACCUGACUUUGCAAGAAGCUGGGUUGACAACUAGCUUAACUGAGGCUGAAUUUGAGGAGGUUGAGCAGCUGAUUCAAAGACAAAAAUCAGUAGUUUGGGCUGACCAGACUGAAGAAAAGGAAGAAAGUCAAAACUGUGAACUAGACUUGUUGGGUCUCUUUGCAUUCCCACAACUUGUGAACAGACCAAACACCCCCUGCCGUACAACUUUUGGUACACCAGCACAAGAAUUGAAUACAAAUACACAGCAAGGAGUAGAAUGUGCAGUACCACCACAGAAAAGAACUAGGCGGAAGCUAAUGGACUCUCCAUCUCCAAGCCCUACGCCAUCCAAGCGCCCCAGUCUCCGUCAUGUGGAGGAUUCCCUCACCAAGGAGGUCCAGCCUAUCAUGUAUACGCCAGAUGUCUGCAGAAAGCCAGUACAAAGCAGUCGUACACCAUCUGUGCUAAAAAGUGCUUUACACCUUGCAGGCCUUCAUGAGGCCAAUGCCUGUGAUAUAGAUAUGCCAGUGGAAAAGGAGAGUAUCAUGGACUCUACAUGUGACAUAAUCCCAGAGUCUGAUCAAACUGACAUGAACUCAACAGUAAUUCUCUAUGAAGGGCCACGUGAAACGACCAAAACAUCUACAGACUCGUCCGUGAAGGAGUCACAGCCAUGCAGCGGUAGCGUUCUGCAAAGGUUUGGUCUCUCUUCAUUAGAAAACAAAAGUGCUAUUUCACUCCCUGAGAAGCCCUCAUAUAUGGCAAUGACUUCUGCUGCUGAGAGAAAGAGAAAGAUAUUAAGUUCUACAUCAAACACAGGGUUGAGCAACAUACAAAACCCUAGUGCUGAAAAACGCAUUCGACAAGAAGUCUUGUUAAGCCACAGAGCUUUGCGAGUGCCUAAGCUGGCAGGAGUUAAAACAAAGAGCUGGAAGCAAGAACAGGAUGUGCCAAGAAACAUAGUUAGAAGCCAUUGUGAAGGAAAUGUAGCAUUGAGUGUUAAAUCACGGACACAGAAAAACCUCUUACUUCAUGUUUGUAAGAAAAAAAACAGAAUUUAG